AAAAAUGAGGAAGAAAGUGAUCACAUUCCAUUUUCUAAAAGUCUUUUGCCAUCGUUACGUGCAUUCAACGAUGAUGAAAUUCUAGAAUUUCAAGUCGAAGUUAUAAAUUUAAUACAAUAAAUUUUUAAAAAGACACGCUCUUCUAAACGAUCGAUGAAUGAAUUCUAUGAAUGGGAAAAUUAUGGAGAUCGGAAACGGCACCAACAUAGUACAUCACCAUUUUCAAUGCCAAACAGCCACGCACACCAGCGAUUUGUACAUUGGAAAAAGAAUUUUAUUGGCGCUGCUACGCAACAUCGUGACACAUUUUACAUCCCCUGGGAAACAUCGCGUCGUGUCGCGUUUCUUGCAUUCGUGAAAUUAUUAUUAAAGAGCGCGCAGGUAAAAUCAAGCAAUGACGAAUAUACACGUCGAAUGCAGAACAAAUGUUCUUAUUAUAAAUUUUACGGAGAAAAUGGCACAUCUUCGAAGUGGAUUUGCUUUUGAUGGUGUUGCUGGUAUAAAGUUAUAUAAGCUGAUAUAAAACACAAGACAAUUCGAGGAAUAGCUGAUAUACACAGCAAAGUACACAAAACAAUUCGGGGAAUAGUCGAU